UUCAUACAGUUGAAAAGAUUUAACAAGAAGAAAAUUAUUUUCGCUGUACCCGGACAUGAAAUCCCUUCGUCUUGUGUUCUCAACCCCCAAAAGAUGCCCUCCCGCCAGAAAACCAACUUUCAAACCAAUGUUGUUAACCGAAACCCAAUUCAUCUCUUUAAUCCAUUCCUCAAAAACCAUCAAACAGUUGCAACAAAUCCACGCCCAAAUCGUAUUCCACAACCAGUUUUCCAACACUCGAAUCGUGACCCAACUCAUUUCUGCUUCUUGUUUCCAAAAAAACGUCAUCAAUUAUGCUAUUUCCGUCUUCCGUCACUCCAAAAACCCGAACUUGUACCUUUUCAAUUCACUAAUCCGUGCCCUUGUAGAAAAUUGUUACUACAUGAGCUCCAUUUCCUACUUUCUUGUAAUGUUGAGCUCCAAUGUUCGUCCUAAUCGCUUGACUUUGCCGUUUGUUUUGAAAUCGACUGCCGCCUUACAAGAGCGAUGGCUUGGGAUGGAGAUUCAUUGUGGGGUUGUGAAGAUGGGUUUGUUGUUUGAUCAGCUUGUUUUGGUUCAUUUGGUUGAUAUGUAUGCUAAAGUUGGGUUGUUGGAGGGUGCACACCAACUGUUUGAUGAAAGUUCUCAACCGGGGGUCGAGACGAGAAGUACGUUGUUAUGGAAUGUAUUGAUUAAUGGGUAUUGUAAAGCUGGGAAAUGGGUUAAGGUGAAGGAAUUGUUUGAGGUAAUGCCGGUGAAAUAUGAGUCGACUUGGAUUACUUUGAUCAAUGGGUUGAUGAAAGCCGGAGAGGUUGAUAGGGCGAUGGAGCUUUGGCCAUUUGUAGAGGUAAAGAAUGUGAUUUGCUGGACGACAAUGAUACACGGGUUUUCAUCAAAUGGGCACCAUGACAAGGGACUAUCUAUGUUUUUUGAAAUGUUAGAAGAAGGCGUGAUGCCAAAUGAUCACACUAUUGUUUGUGCACUUUCUGCUUGUGCUAAAGCGGGAGCUCUUGAGACGGGAGUGAGAAUACAUGACUAUAUUUUCAACAAUGGCUUCCCUUUAAAGAAAGCAAUCGCGACUGCUUUGGUCGACAUGUACACAAAAUGUGGUUCUCUCGAGAAUGCAAGUCGUGUAUUUGAUAUGGCAGAAGAGAAGGACCUUCGUGCUUGGACUGUAAUGAUAUGGGGUUGUGCGAUUAAUGGAUUUCUUGACAGGGCUCUCCAGUAUUUCAACGAAAUGAUGUCAUCAGGAAUACAGCCAGACGAGGUGGUCUUCCUUGCUAUUAUAACCGCCUGUUUGCAUGUUGGGAAUGUUGACCAGGGUCUUCAUUUUUUUGACAAAAUGAAGCAUGACUAUUCCAUUGAACCCACCACGAAACAUUAUGUAGUUAUAGUGAAUCUUUAUGGCAGGGCUGGGCGUCUGAAUGAAGCUUUAAGAUUCAUCAAAGAUAUGUCAAUUAAUCCUGAUUUUGUAGUUUGGGGGGCACUAUUCACUGCCUGCAGGGUACACAGAAACAUUAAAAUGGCAAAGUAUGCAUAUGAGAAGCUUCUGGAGCUUGAGCCUAAGCAUACUGUUGGCCAUGUGAUUCUAUCAAACAUUUAUGCUGUGGCAGGCAGGUGGCAAGAUGUAGAAAGAGGGAGGACCAAAAUGAAAAAUAAGGGGUUAGCAAAAGUUCCCGGCUGGAGUUAUAUUGAAAUACAGGGUAAAGUCACUACUUUUGUAGCUGGUGAUCAUUUUCAUGCCCGUUCAGAUGAGAUACACGUAAAACUAGAUGAGAUCACUAAAAGUGCAAGAGAACAAGGAUACAUGCCCGAAACUGAAUGGGUGCUUCAUACUAGGGAAGAAGAGAAGGAAGAUGCUUUGGGAAGUCAUAGUGAAAAAUUGGCACUGGCCUUUGCUCUUAUUUCUGGUACUGAUACUAAGGCUAUUAGGAUUGUGAAAAACCUGAAAAUUUGUGGGGAUUGUCAUUCUUUAAUGAAGUACGCCAGCAAAAUUACGCGAAAGGAUAUAGUUGUAAGGGAUAUUAAGCGUUUCCAUUAUUUUAAAAACGGGACUUGCUCAUGCCAAGAUUAUUGGUAAAGAAAGGUUUUGACAGGUGUAUUAAUUAGUGAACUCAGAUGAUCAAACAGCGCCUCAACUAUGUGAUAUCGUAUCAGAUUACACAGCGAGAAGCCACUACUGUUAUCUCGUUUCAGGGACUGAAGAAUGUUGUUCAAAAAAAUCUAUCUAUGAGCAGAUUCUUCGUGGCAAAUAGCUUAAAGUGAACGUUAAUAUAAGAAUGAAAGAGGAAAUAUUACAUAGCGUGAUAGUUCAAGAAAAUUGCUGAUUUACUUAAGUUGCGUCUAUCCUAAAGAAUUCCAGAAGGGUGAGGAUUAAGGUGGAUGUCAUAAGCCUAAACAAAGGUGCAGCAUUGCGCCUUAUUAAGGUUUGGUUUAUGUUUGACUUUUUGUAUAUCCUUACAUUUUUUGUUGUCAGAAAAAAAGCUGUCCUGUAAUCUAGCAUUAGCUCACAUCACUGGUUUACCAUUGUUAGUUAUUUAAAGAUAACUUAUGUUGCCUAAAAAUAUGAGGCACAAAAUGGUGUGUCGCCACGAUUGUAGAUGACGUGACAACUUGUAUAGUUGUGAUUGUAGAUGACGUGACAACUUGUAUAGUUGACAGAACAUGAGUAUUUUAACCUUACAAGAUUUGAAACGUUACUGGUUA